GCCGAAAGUGUGCAGAACGACACUGUGCCCUCAACACUUCCUCCUGUGAUCAUGUGACUGGGGCAUGCGACACUGGUGCAUGCCAGCUGGAUGGAAGGGAGGCAAAUGCACUGAAGAAUGUACCAAUGGCACAUACGGCCCCAACUGUCUGAAGAAGUGCGAUGACAGACACUGUAACGGUACUUCAAGCUGCCCCAAGGUUGACGGGAGAUGCACCACUGGAUGUGACAAAAGGUGGGCAAGGCCGGACUGCUCUGAUUGUACCACAGGCUUCCACGGUCCUGAGUGUAUUGAGUGUGGUCACUGUGCUACCAACACUACCUGUGACUCUACGACAGGUGAAUGUGGUUCUGGCUGCCUGGAAGGCUUCUCUGGAUUACAAUGCAAAGAGUCUGUGGGCAACGGAUCGUCUGUCGCCGGCGCUGUGGUGGGAACGUUACUCCUGUUACUUAUCGCUGUUAUCAUUGCUGUCGUUGUAUUCAGGUGGCGAGGGAAACAUUCCAGCUCUGUCAGAGGUCACCAUGCCGUCUUCAACCAAAAGGAAGGACAGAAGGGUGAUGACAACGUUUACAUGAACGUGGACGUCGACACUUUCCCCAUCUAUGCGACUCCCAACGUCAAAGCUAAAAAAGGAAAGUCAGGGAGUAUAGACACUCUUGAUGCCGACACGAGAAGUGUUGACACUCUUGAGGUGGAGAGCGACGAGGAGGGAAGAGUACCUUAUAUACCUGAGGUGAACUACUACAACAUGGAAGAUGUUGCAUCGAGACACGUCGUCCCUGUUGCUGACCUGGAGACCACCAUCAGGAACAUGGACGACAACUCAGAAAUGGUUGAGGAAGAAUUUAAGCGUUUACCCGAUGGAUUCGUGCAUCCGUGUGAAGAGUCCAGAAAGCCUGAAAAUACGAAAAAGAACCGAUUUAAAGGAUAUUACCCAUAUGACCAUAACCGGGUGAUGCUGCAGGAUGACCGUGAUGGCCGUAGGGGAGACUACAUCAACGCCAGCUUCCUGGACGGCUACAAGAAAGAACGGUAUUACAUAGCAGCUCAAGGUCCUUACAAACCCAACAUCGUUGAUGACUUCUGGAGGAUGAUCUGGCAGGAGGGUGUUAAGGUGGUUGUGAUGGUGACCAGCUUAGUCGAAGGUGGAAGGAUGAAGUGUUUACAAUACUGGCCGGAGGAAGGAACACAAGAGUAUGGCGGCAUUACGGUAACCAUGGAAACAGUGAACGAACUGUCGGACUUCACGAUCAGGAAGUUGACAGCCUGUAAAAAGAAGGAAUCCAUGAAUCGACAGAUCUACCACUUCAACUUCACCUCAUGGCCUGAUCAUGGCGUACCCAAUACGUUUUCUCUGCUGGAAUUCAUGUGGCGAGUCAAGGGCAUCUGUGGCCGACCCGCCGAACCCAUCGUAGUUCACUGCAGUGCUGGAAUAGGAAGAACAGGCACAUACAUAGCUAUAGAGAGUCUUCUGGAUCAGGCAGCGGCUGAAGACGCUGUGGACGUCGUCAGCUUCGUCUCCAACAUGAGAGGGCAGAGGAAGGGCAUGAUACAAACUCCGGACCAGUACGGGUUUGUGUACCGGGCGGUGACUUCAGCUGUGAUGACUGGAGAUACGUCAGUGGAUGGAGAUACAAUCAGGAACAUCGACCUGAUCAACCUUGGCACCGUGACCAUGGGGAACAGAACUGUUGAGGAACAUCUACAGGCUUUCGAGUCUGUUCCAGUCAAAACCAAGAAGAGGCGGACAGUACUGAUGCCAUCCUACAGGUGCAGGUAUGGUUUCUUCCUCCCGGUGGCAGAUGUGGACAAGGAGAAUCUUUGGGCUCACGUCUGUAAUAGCAACAGCUGCACUGUUAUCACACUCGGAAAAUCCUCUAAGGGUUGUAUGCCGACUGGAAACGAUCCAAUUGCCACUGCCAGGCAGACGGCAACGCUUAAGAGCUCGAACAUCAUAGCGGACGACAUCAAACUUGACACAAUAAACAGCAGUUUGAAGGACGGUUCAGAUUUUGAAGUACGACACUAUCGCCUGAAAACCGGUGUCCACAGUCCUAACGUGGGUGUCAUGAUUGAAGGCUUACUUCAGUGGACAUCUGACCCAAUUCGGCGGCGAUGCACCAUCAUUUCCAACUCCAUGAGCGAGUCGCGUCUCCUGGUCCUACUGAUGAACAUCGCCAGCAGACUGCAGGACGACGGCAGAGUUGACGUCAUCAGCAACAUGCGACGUCUUUACCGGGAAGUAGGACAAACCUUCUUUACGGAGGCCGACGUCAAAUGUGCUCUGAAAUUCGCCCAACUUCAGAUUGAGAACCUUGGAAUAUACGCCAAUCUCUAGCCUAAUGAAACUGCCACACGGGUAGAUCCAGAAUAUCAGCUGCUUCUGCUAUAUUGCGGUUCAGUAUUAAUACUUAUACAGUUAAUCUUACCUUGCAUGUAGUUGUUUUGGUCAAUCACUUUUUCAUCAGUAUACAACCGAAAAUAUGCUGUCAUGACACGAUAUGUUUUUAUAACGUGCAUUGAAAAACGAACUUUUGAUUGGUUAAGGAACGGGCAAAUAUUUUCAAUGUGGCCCGCAUGUCAAGCCUGUUCAUGUAAAGGGAAAUAACUCAGUCCAUUUAGUUGUUCGCUUCGAGAUUUCCUGUUCAGUGAAACAUAUAUUCUGAAUGAAUGGAGAAAUGAGUGUCCGUGAGAUAUAGUCGUUGUUGACAGAUACUGUACGUAUAUGGAGUGGUGGACCUUGUGUGUGAAUCUGUAUACAACCUAUAGACCCACAGAUCCGGGUUCGAAUUGGUCUUUAGCAACCCUUGCUUGCUGUAAGAGGAAACUAACGGGAUUAUGUGGUUGACCCAUGUCAUCGGUUCCCAAUUGGGUAGAUCGAUGUUCAUGCUGUUGGUCACGGGAUUUGGUGGUCGGACUCGCUGACCCAUUUGGGUGGAUCGAUGCUGCUUGGUCACUGGAUUGUCUGGUCCAGACUCAAUUAUUUACAGCCCGCCGUAAUAUAGCUGGAAUAUUGCUGAGUGCGGCGUUAAACAACAAACAAACAAACCAUACAUGGAGCCCCACAGACACGGUACAUAUCAUCAUAUGGCUCCUACAACUUACAAUUCCGUGAUUCGAUCCCAUCUAGUGUAUAUGAGGUAAGAUUUCCAUUGUGAUAGUCAAACAUGCUAUAAAAUAUACAUUGUGGAUACUAUCAGGUUUUAUUGAUGACGUAUACAGUGAGUGAGUGAGUUUAGUUUUACACCGACCUUAGCAAUAUUCCAGCUGUAUGGCGGCGGUCUGUAAAUAUUCGGGACCAUACA